AUGAUAUCGACCUACCGGAACAAUAUUUACGUUCUGAACAACAACCUGCUCCUUAUUUAUGACGUAGAUCUGAAUCUUACGCGCAUGCAAAAAGUAAUGGCGGUGUUCACACCAAUACUACACAGGAAUUAUGUAGCUGCGUACAAGACGCUUUAUAAAAUAUCGAAUGGCGAGCUUGCUGCCGUGAGAACAUUUAAGAAGAAAAUAGCGAGCAUACAAACGGAUGACGAGCACAUUGUGAUAUCGGAGAGCACAGGAAACAUUUUAAUUGCACGGCGAGGCGAGCACCACUUCAGACUUCUGCUUGGUCACUACCUCCAGAUAAACAAGAUGAUAGUGCAUGAUGGCGCAAUAAUAACGGCAGAUAACUACAAAAUUAGGGUGAGUGAGUACGAUGGGAGAAUACGGAACAUUUUCUUUGCCAGCAACCACAAUGUAUUUUACGGCGGAGGUUUCUUUUACGUUCUCUAUGACAGCAAUCUGCAGAUAUACGAACGAAACACGAAUACAGAUACGAAAAAAGACGAAAAUGAGUACGAUGCGCUUGUUCUUCUCAAUACUCUUACGCUUCAGGAUAAAAUAAUAGACAUACUUCUUCUUAAUGAUGCAAUUUAUUUGAUCACCGAUGGAAGUAAUUACUUGGUAAAAAACUCGGGGUUCACUAUUAGUGAGCCAAGUCCCUACAAUUUCAAGGACGCCUUCAUAGAUGACGAUUCUGUGUACUUCUACACAGAGGAAAGUAAGUUACAGAAAUUGAAUGUUAAAGAUUUGAAAUGAAAGGCAAGGAUUAAAUAAAAUAAUAGCAUAG